AUGGGUGUUUUAUCAGCCCUUCGAGUUGCAUUAACGGUUAGUGCCUUUGUAGUACAGUGUGCAACCAUUCCACUGGAACACUCGCAGCACGCGGAGAAGAUAAAGCUUGCUACAAAAUUACUAUUUUCGCGACAAGCAGAUCCUAUCACAGAAUAUGAUUUUCGUUUUGAAACAUUAACGCCGUCAGAGACACUUCAAUGGGUGGAUUGUUAUGGAUCCUUCAAGUGUUCUAGGCUCAAGGUCCCGUUGGACUACCAAGAUCCCUCCAAAGGCAGCGCCGCAGUUGCCGCAAUGAUGUUGCCUGCGGACCCUACUGUGCCUUUUCGAGGAACGAUCUAUUCCCAUCCAGGGGGUGCAGGCAAUCCGAGUGAGCCGUUCUUCAUCGGAGUGGCUCAGAUAUUCCGAGACUAUAUCCUCGAACCCGGUUGGAACUUUGUGACAUGGGACGCAAGAGGUGCUGGUCAGACUACACCAACUCUCACAUGCUUUGAGACCCAAGAAGAACGAUAUGCAUUCCAACAGCGCCAGCGGGCACUGCCGGCCCUCACUAAGGCCACCUGGCCAGAGUAUCAAGCAUAUUACCGCGACUAUAACGCUAAGUGUCAGGCUCUAAGCGGAGAUGUGAUUCCAUACAUCGGCUUCAUCCAGACAACUCGAGACUUGGUUAGCCUUGCUACUGCAAUGGGUCAAGAUAAGAUAAACCUUUGGGGGUUCUCGUAUGGUGCCAAUAUCGGCGCGUUGUUGGUCGCCUUGUAUCCCCAGAAGGUUGGAAAGUUGGUUCUUGAUUCCGUCGGCAAGAUCCAUGAACGUUUCGCCCCAGGCACAAGCGUUGAGUUUGAGCUUCGAGAUCAUUGCAAGAUGGUUGAAUAUUUCCUUCAGGCUUGCCACUCCACAGGAAGCACCGACGGUUGUGCCUUCUAUUCUCCCAACAUUGCUAUCAUGCGCACUCGCCUCGAAAACAUCCAGAAGAAGCUAGUCACAAAUCCAAUCACAAUGACCAGCCCACCAGGCAAAUAUAGCUCUGAAAACUUCAAACAAAAUAUGUUUGCUUCACUACCUGGUCUCGCUGGAGGUGCAGCAUAUUUGUGGCCAGCGCUAGGGUACCUCCUUGCCGAUGUUGAAACUGCACUGGCGGGAGGAGCCAUCGGUGGUACUCUGGCAAGUUUCUAUCAAGGUGGAUUUGCCGCCAUUGAGCCUAGCCCACCCGUCGACGGCAGACAGCAGGGUUCAACGGAUUCGCAACUCGGAAUUCCGUGUACAGAUUCGGGACCUCUCGGUAGCAUCACACAGAAGGAGUUCGAAGCGCUACUUUCGAAGUUCAAUAGGAAGGAUCCGAACUUUGGUACUUUGUUUUUGCAGAACUACCUUGUCUGCACCGAAUGGACUGGUGAUAAUGUCGAGAAGUUGGACUUUGCCCUACUGGACCAAAAAACCGACAAUACUAUUACUUUCAUUUCUCAUAACAUCGAUCCGCUUGGACCAGUUGAAGGUGCGAAGAGCAUGAGCAGGAAAUUCAGGAAUUCGAGAGUAGUCACAAUCGACGCGGUCGGGCACACGCAACUGCUCGGCCCUAACUCCACGCCAGCAUAUAUGAUUGUUCACGAUGUCUUCAAUGUCCCAAAUUAUAAGGCACCGAGAGACCUUGUGUUAAAACCUGAUGCAGGGACACGAGGCUUUGGCUAUGAUGCCUCCACUUUCAACCUAUAG